AUGUCCCACGAAUCCGUUUGGAACUCACGUCCCCGAACCUACGGCAAGGGAGCCCGCGCUUGCCGUGUCUGCACCCACAAGGCCGGUCUUAUCAGAAAAUAUGGCCUGAACAUCUGCCGUCAAUGCUUCCGUGAGAAGGCAGCUGACAUUGGAUUCGUCAAGGUGCGUGAUUUGAAAUGGAGCUUCGAUGAGGGAUCUGACCAGAGCGACCUUCUAACUCACCCGGCAGCACCGUUAAAGUACCACGUUGGCAAGAAACCCUGCGAUCGAUUUGUGCGUAAGGGCAGUGGAACCGGAUUGGGGCUUUACUCAUGGCAUGGAGUUUGGGACGGUCGAUCAGAUUUGAGCUUGGAGGGCAUUUCGGAAGGAUGGAAAGACUCGAACAAUUAUUCGAUGGAUUGCCGGACGAUGGAUUGUUCUUCGACGCAAAAGUCUCUUUCUAGAAUUGAUCUGGGUUUAUCUUGCUAUUGCUCUGGAGAUGAUUCCUGGGCCAUUUCAGCAUUGCCUCAAUACAGCACUGUCCAAAAGACCAGCAAAAGAGAAUGGCGUGAAUCAUGGUGA